ACUCAUUUAAUAACAAAAUAUGCAAAUCUAGGAGAGGAUUCCAACCCAGUAGCUUCUUUUCCUCCACUUCUUUCAACUUCAUUUAUCCUUUCAAUGCUUGCACUCUGUGAAGAGAGGUACGUCUUUUAUUGGCUUCCAUCGCUAAAAUCCACUUACUUUUAAGCUGAAUUCGACUUUGAAAUUCAAGAACUUGAAUUUUCUUAUGCUGCUGAAUGCAGUUAGUCAUUCGAUGAAUAAGAAGUAGUGCUAGUGUAAGCAGAGGCCACCGUACUCCAUGGCCUCCCUGAAGCUCUCAGUUUCUGUAGAUAACAGCUGUUAUGAGUCCAAGAAACAGAGGUUUGCUUUGAAUUCAUUGAAAUUUGGCUCAAGUACCUUGUUUUCGGGUUAUGUGAUUACUAAUGGGGCGCUUAUUGUGAAGCCCUUUUGUAAACUGAAGCAGAUUAGGGUUAAUGGGUUAGGAAAUGAGCUUUUGGGUGCGCCUGAGUCGACAUUGGAUGGUUGUCAGAUUGGUGAUGGGAAGAAAUAUGUAGCUGGUGAUCAUAUGAUUUUAGAAACCCCAGAUUUUCAUGGAGAUUCUCAUAAAGGGAGAGUGAAUAUCUGGAAAAAGCUUAGGAGUGCAAAUGCGGCUCGGAAGCACACUAGUAGGAAUUUGGAUGUUCAUAGAAAUCGCAACAAGUAUAAGAAGGAAGAGAAAGUCGUGGGUCCACGACAAAAUAUAAAACCAAACAGAGUCUUGGAUGGCCAGACUGUAGUGGAUUUAGAUUUUGAUGAUCUUGCGCCUGAGUUGAGCUACGAGCGUUGCAAUCUGAUCUUAGAACAGCUUGAGAAAAGCAAUGGUAACAAAGCUUUGAGGUUUUUUGAGUGGAUGAAAGUUAAUGGGAAGUUGAAGAAGAACAUGACUGCCUAUAAUUUGAUUCUUAGGGUUUUGGGUAGAAAGGAGGACUGGGGUGAAGCGGAAGUCAUGAUCAGGGAAAUGGUUUGUGACUCAGGUUGCGAGCUUAACUAUCGGACUUUCAAUACCCUUAUAUAUGCUUGUUAUAAGAAUGGGCUUGUCGAUUUGGGAGCUAAGUGGUUCAGGAUGAUGUUGGAUUAUAAGGUUCGGCCAAAUGUUGCUACUUUUGGAAUGCUUAUGACUCUUUACCAGAAGGGUUGGGUUGUCGAGGAGGCAGAGUUCACAUUUUCUUGGAUGCGGAAUCUGAAAAUAACGUGCCAGUCUGCUUAUUCAGCUAUGAUCACGAUUUAUAUACGCAUGGGCUUGUAUGAUAAAGCAGAAGAUGUUAUUUCCUUCCUGAGAGAAGAUCAUGUGGUUUUAAAUCAGGAGAACUGGUUGGUACUGCUAAAUGCUUACUGCCAGCAGGGCAAGUUAAGUGAUGCGGAGCAGGUGCUGUGUGCAAUGGGAGAAGCUGGCUUUUCUCCAAGUAUAGUUGCAUACAAUACAAUGAUCACUGGAUAUGGGAGAGUUUCAAGUAUGGAUCACGCAGAACGCUUGUUCCACGACCUUAAAGAAAAUGGUGUUGAGCCUGAUGAAACAACAUAUAGGUCACUAAUUGAAGGUUGGGGUCGAACAGGCAAUUAUAAGCAGGCAAAACUUUACUACAUGGAAAUGAAGAGGUUGGGUUUUAAGCCUAAUUCCUCAAACUUGUAUACAUUGAUGAGAUUGCAAGCCAAGCAUGAAGAUGAAGAUGGCGCUAGAAGAACUAUUGAUGACAUGAUGCUGAUUGGUUGUGAAAAAUCCUCCAUCCUGGGCAUUGUCUUACAGGCGUAUGAGAAGGCUAAUAGACUGGAAAAGAUGUCUUUGACUUUGGAAGGUCCCCUGUAUGAUCAUGUUCUCAAAAACCAGACAUCUUGCGCAAUUCUUGUAACAGCUUAUGUGAAAAAUUGCUUGAUUGAUAAUGCACUGGAAGUUCUGAGAGACAAGCAAUGGGAGGAUUCUAUAUUUGAGGAUAACUUGUACCACCUAUUAAUAUGUUCAUGCAAAGAUUUGUGUCAUCUUGAGAAUGCCAUCAAAAUAUUUACUUACAUGCCAAGAUCUGCCCGACCAAACUUGAAUAUCUUCUGCACAAUGAUUGACAUUUACAGUAAAAUGGGCCUUUUUAUUGAAGCUGAAAAACUUUAUGCGGAGUUGAAAACUUCAGGUGUCAAAUUGGACAUGAUAGCCUUUAGCAUUAUAAUAAGAAUGUAUGUCAAAUCUGGGUCUUUGAAAGACGCCUGCUUGGUUUUGGACAUAAUGAAUGAACAAAAGAAUAUUGUGCCUGAUGCGUAUCUUCUACGUGAUAUGCUCCGCAUUUAUCAGCGAUGUGGCAUGGAUGAUAAAUUGGUCAAGCUGUAUUAUCAAGUGUUGAAAAAUGGUGAAAUUUGGGAUGAGGAAAUGUAUAAUUGUGUUAUAAACUGCUGUGCCCGUGCGUUGCCAGUUGAUGAACUCUCAAGGCUUUUUGAUGAAAUGCUUCAGCGAGGAUUUUCACCGAAUACCAUUACCUUCAAUGUGAUGCUCAAUGCUUAUGGCAAAUCUAGACUAUUUGAAAGGGCAAGGAAAGUGUUUUGGAUGGCCAAGAAACGAGGUCUAGUUGAUGUUAUAUCUUACAAUACUAUCAUAGCUGCCUAUGGGAAAAAUAAAUACUUAAAGAAUAUGUCAGCAGCUGUCAAGAAAAUGCAAUUUGAUGGUUUUUCAGUUUCCCUUGAAGCCUACAAUUGCAUGCUGGAUGUCUAUGGGAAAGAAGGUGAAAUGGAAAAAUUUAGAGGUGUCUUGCAGAGGAUGAAGGUUUCUAACUGUUCUUCUGACCAGUACACUUACAACAUCUUAAUCAACAUCUAUGGAGAGCAAGGAUGGAUUGAAGAAGUUGCUGGCGUGCUAACGGAAUUAAAAGAAUGUGGAAUCAGUCCUGAUUUGUGCAGCUAUAACACAUUGAUAAAAGCAUAUGGGAUUGCAGGAAUGGUUGACGAUGCCAUGGCUUUGGUCAAGGAAAUGAGAGAAAAUGGAAUAGAACCUGACAGGAUAACCUAUGCUAAUCUGAUCACUGCAUUAAGAAAGAAUGAUAUGUACCUGGAGGCUGUAAAGUGGUCCUUGUGGAUGAAGCAGAUGGGCCUAUGAUACUUGUAUUCAUUCAUACGCACGCUACUGUCAUGGUUGUUCUGCUUCUUUCCUCUAUACAUCCAUCUAGACCUCAUAGCAUAGACGACUCUGAAUCUGAUGCAGUGGAAGUGGCUGGAGUCUUUGUUGUACACUGACAUCAGAUAUUCAACUUGUACAAAGUGCAGACAGGGAUUGUUCUGAAUUACUCCAUGUUCCAUCAAGAACAGUGAAUAUGUUGAUCAUACUGUUGUCAAUUUGCCAAUGAGGUCUAACGGUGGUCUUUUAACUGAUAUAUCUAGAGUACCUUUUGGUUAUAUGAGCUCAUGUAAUUCAAGUAGGAUGAGAUCCACCUUUUAGCUGUUUAUAUAUAGUUUAACAGUUAUUAUUUAUAAUUUGUAUUAAUCUUCUCCUUUUAAUUUAAUGUCGACAGGAGGAGACACACCAUCGUCGUUAUCUUUACAUAUCAAAUGAAAAAUAAAGAAAACAGUUAAUUGCCUAGAGAUACUUUCACAUUGCAUCAGUCCUUAUACAUUGAUAUGAUUUGCUAUCAUUCUGCUUUCAGUGUUCUCAUAAUUUCCUUCAGACACAUAAACACUGCUUCUGGUGUAUAAAAGUGCAUACUGCAUUGUGUCUUUUGCUGAUUCGAGGCUUGAAGUGCAUGAUUGGCAAGGCUGAUGUGUUUUUCACAUGAUCCAGUGAAGUACCUUCUUGUUCUCAUACUUCUCGAAGAGCUGCUAGAUUUUAUGACGUAGUUGUUUUCUCUAUUCUCUUUACUCGAGGCCACUAGUUUGCUAAUUCCUGUAAGAAUGUAAGAAAAUAUACUUUUAGUUUGCUUUUUCUUGAGGUUGUCUUAAAAACAAAGUUUAUUUUUCACUAUGAUGUCCAAUUAUAUGUGCAGCAACUUCUGUCCAAGAAGACGUCCUUGGAAAGUGAUGUUAAUGGCCAAGAUUCGGCUUUAAACUCCCAAGACGGACCUAGAGUUUUUUGUUUUAUUCUUUUUUCAGUUUUAUGUGAUUUAUAUACUAAUGCUUGGCUCUGACACUAUGUGCAAGUAUGUUUCGCAACAAUAACAGAAA